AUGUUUAGGGAUAGAACUAAUUUAUUUUUAUCAUACCGUAGAACUUUUCCACAUAACCUUACCGCCCUAUCUGGGAAAGCAUCCUUGGGCGAUGAUCGCGAUAUUGAAAUGGGGUCGUAUCCAAUGGUGGAUAUGUCUCAUGACAUAUCCGCCAGGUUAAUCGAUGAACGAAAAAACGAGUAUGAAAGUCGUGGUGAUGCGUUACCACCUAUAUUUAUUGAUAUAGCGCAGGAUGUCGACGAUUAUCUUCUGGAGGUUAGACGGUUGAGUGAACAACUGGCUAAGGUUUAUAGAAAAAACUCGUUGCCUGGAUUUGAAGACAAGAGCCAUGAUGAGGCGUUGAUUGAGGAUCUAAGUUUUAAAGUGAUUCAGAUGUUACAGAAAUGUUAUGCCGUUAUGAAACGGUUAAAGGCGAUUUAUAUGUCUCAGUUUGUGGAUGGAAAGCAACUAAGUCGAGAAGAGCUGAUCAUAUUAGAUAAUUUACAGAAGAAGUACGCGGAAAAGAUACAAACCGAAAGUAACAAGUUCAGGGUGUUACAAAACAACUAUUUGAAAUUUUUAAAUAAGGAUGAUCUGAAACCCAUUCGUAAUAAGACCAGUACAGAGGACACGCUGUUCCUGGAUGAUGAAGAAGAGGAGGCAGCAAGAGAGAAGCGAGAGGGACUCGACAUUGAGGACUACUCAAAAAGGACGUUACAGAGGCAGCAACAGCUUCAUGACACUUCCGCAGAAGCGUACUUGAGAGAACGGGACGAAGAAAUUACACAGUUGGCAAGAGGUGUGUUAGAAGUGAGCACUAUUUUCAGGGAAAUGCAAGACUUAGUUAUUGACCAAGGAACCAUUGUAGAUAGAAUAGAUUAUAAUCUAGAAAAUACAGUGGUGGAACUAAAAAGUGCAGAUAAGGAAUUGAAUAAGGCCACACACUACCAGAAGAGGACUCAGAAAUGUAAAGUUAUUCUGCUGCUAACCUUGUGUGUGAUUGCACUCUUUUUCUUUGUCAUGCUGAAACCACACGGUGGUGGCAGUGGCGGUCGUAGCCAUGGUAGCAACGACAGUAGUAGUAACCAUGACGAGGACAAGAAUACACCAAGUACUGUUGAAGUACGCGAGCCUGAACAUAGAGCUCCAGACGGAAUACUUUGA